AUGCUAGCACACAGAAGAAAAUCAUCUGCACUUCCAAGUAUCGGCUGCGGGGGUAUUCAUUUUCCUCCUCCUUCAGCAUAUUGUGGGAAAAAAUCAUCAGGAGCAAGCAGCAUUUUGUUAACAAAUCCAAAAUGGCAACAAGUUUGUUAUGAACUUCAUCACCACCCAUCAACUUCAAUGCAGCAACAACCUCAAUUAUCAAAUGCCCCUUCAUCUCAUUCUGCAAUUGCUUCGGCAGCUAACCGUCGUCAAACAGCUCGGGAAUCUGUUGCAAUUUUAGCUGAAAGUUGGGGUGUCUUUGCUGUUGACCCAAAUGCUGCUUCUGCAAAAGAGGAGAUAACUGGUAAUAAAAUAGUAAUAUAA